GUCGCACGCCCGGCGCGCAGGCAACAUGUUGCGCUCGUACGUACUUCUCAUUCUCCUGGCGAACCGUAUCCGAACCGCAUACGUAACGGAUCGCCCCUCGUUCGCCGACAGACUAGAUCAAAUAUACGAAAAACUAGAAAAAUUCACAAUAACACCGGUAGAAGUGACAAAAUCCCCGCGCGAAAAGUUGUACGAGAAAUUGGAUAAGCUUAAUUCGUUGACGCCAAAUGUUUUCAGUGCAAAUGAUGAAGAAUUAAUUUCCACUAUACAGAAUUGGGGGAAGUUAAGUGCCGAGCAGUUAGAUGGGGUUGUGAAGGAUCUGCAGAGUGUGAGGGAGGAGGAUGACCGGCUGGUGGGGGAGUACGGAGACAGCGACUGGAGCGACGAGGACCAAGAGCUGCAAGACAUAGGCGAUGAUUACCCAAUGGACGACCUUUACAACGACGAGGAGUCUGAUCCAGCAGUCACCGACAAACCAGCCGGCGUCACACCGUCGGCCUUCACCAGAAAAGAUGCGGAGUACAGAGACGCAGAGUAUAGAGAGCUACUGGUAUCCGCGGCCGACCCCAUCGCUGCUACCAAUCAGAGGCCUAAGAUCCUCAACAGCUCAUCACUAAACCCAGCAGAACGCAACGCGCUGCGUCGAGCCAUCUUCACGAACAUGGCAACGGUCAUACGAACUGGCAAGUGCCAAGUGCCUCAACCACGCUGGCUUAACGUGCGGCAGCUGGCGCCAGCUGCUAACAUUGUGUACAUGCCACCUUGUGUACAGCUCCACCGCUGUGCCCCUGACUCCGGAUGCUGUCAUGAUGAGACCGAGGUCUGCGCGCCCGUCGCCGGCAACCACAUUGUGUUACCAAUAUACUUGAAAAAAGCCAACGGCAGCAUGGAGCCAGCUCGCAUGAGGUUCUUCAACCAUACUCAAUGCGCGUGUGUCUCUCAAGAAACCCUUCAAAGCACUGUCAGAACCAAAGUGGAAACCCAGCAGAAGCGAGAAAGCCAAUACAAGAAGAGUGAAGGGGAUUACAGGCUAGCUGACUACAGAACUAGUGACUACAAGAUCAGUGACUACAGAGGCAAUGACUACAGGCCGCCUACUGCUGAACCUGACCUGGAGAGAGACGAACCCACUGCCCCGCCACAACUAAGAAGGUGCACCUGCCCAGCGCUCUUCAUGGCAAAGAUCACGGACAAGGGUCAAUGCUCCUGCGUCUGCGAGUGGCCAGACUUGGUGCGCAAGCGCGACUGCCUGUCCAUGUCGCGAGGUCGCGAGCACUUCGGCCUGAGAGACAGAGUUUGCGUGAUCAACGGUGACUGCACUCCUCCCACGUGCGAGUUUGGAACAUUCGAGAGGAGCAUUGGAAGGUGUCCACCGUUGAAGAGGUAUAGGAGGCGGUUCCAUCACGGCAGAGCGCGGUUACUGUUUGAUAAGUCUAUAGACAUAUAGUUUUUUAUUUUUUGAUUCUGUUUUAUAUCUUCAGUAGCUUCUGACGUUUGUCGGAAUGGCUCGUUCAUUCUUUCCAUUGUCAACUUAAGCAGUAAAUACAAUUUCACUUUCUAGGCAAUGCCAUGGGUUCAUUGCCUUUUUUUUUCAUUUAAACACUAUUUUAGAGGUAUGUAAGGAUUUCCUUAUGAUGUUUAUUUCUGAAAGCAUUUUUAAAGUAGAUAAAUUUUAUUGUUUUGUCAUUUAUGGUUGUGGUCAGUGUUGUACCUAUGUCGCAAGAUACGAUAAAAAGCCAUAACAGCUGAUAGGUAACAACAGCAACCCCAAAGAAGAUUGACGUCAAAAUUCGUUUAUAAUCACGUCAAAAUAGGUAUAUAUGAGUUUCCGACCGCCUACCUGGUGUCAACCUGCCUUUGCCUAUUAGCUGCCUAGAAUAUGUGUCCCUUAGUCGUCUCGUACGAAUCAUACGAUAUCUAGGGGAGGAUAUGGAGUAGAGAGACACGCUACAAGUCAUAUAAAAAUGAAUGUAAGAAAGAUUAUAAAAUAAAAUUAAUUACGGUAAUCUACUUGUAAUUUUUGUUACACAUACUGAAAUGAAGAAUUUUGUAAGUUGAAUUUUCAUUGCUUUAAUAUACAUGUACUUACCCCCUUUUUUUCUUGAAUAACUUUACGUAAGAUAAUUAAAUAAUAUAUAUAUAUAUAUUAUUAUUCCAUAUAUACUAUAUAAAUAGAUUAAUAUACUAUUAGGGAAUAUGAACAUUUUGCCGACAUUUUAAUUUAAUUUUCUGUUCUUGUGUGAAUCGUAAGCCGUAAGGUAAAUAUAAUUGUAAAAUGUAGGGACAUAUAACGGUGCCAUAUGAGGAGUCAUAAUUUUAAAAUUAUCGUAUUAUUUUUAUAUAAUAAUGUAUAUGUAAAUUAAUUAUGAUUUAUUAAAUAUAAUUUAUUAAAUACGCACCUACUUAUCAUGACUAAGUUCUUAAGAAACCAUAUGCAUAAUAUUUAAGUUGUAUUUUCCAUUAUUACCAUUGUUUAAAAUUCAUAUGUUAAUUUUAAUUAGAUGUUUAAAU